GCCGGUUUGCACAAUAUUCCGUUGGUUGACAGUCAGCUAGAGAGGUGCAGCUCAAUGCAAGCUGUCACUGGCACUCAACUGUGUCUCGUACGUCCCCUCUCAUCGGCCGGGCCUUUGCGAUCGCUGGGGAGUCCGUUGCGCAAUUGUCUGACUGGCGGGUUUCUCAGAGGCAAUCACUUUGACUUCCGAAAGCGGCAUUCAUUGGGAGUGUCUGGGAAGCAUCGCCAAUCACCGAGAAUGACGAGCACAGUGGCAUCAGAGAGCGUGACCAAGAUGCAUGAUGACAAGCGUUUCAAGCCAGGGGCUGCAAAGCCAUUCGUUGGCGACUUGGGUGUACGGCAGGGGUUUCUUGAUGCCAUUGGCAACACGCCCCUCAUCCGUCUAAAGCGCGCGUCCGAGAUGACCGGAUGCGAAAUCUAUGGGAAGGCCGAGUUCCUGAACCCCGGGAGCUCCGUCAAGGACCGAGCGGCUCUGUACCUGAUCAAAGACGCUGAGGAGAGGGGUCUGCUCAAGCCCGGGGGUAUCAUCGUUGAAGGCACCGCAGGAAACACGGGUAUCGGCCUGGCGCUCGUGGCUAAUGCCAGGGGCUACAAAACCGUCAUUGUCAUUCCCAAGACACAAAGUCAGGAGAAGAAGGACAUGCUGUUGAUCGCGGGCGCGGAGCUGGUCCAGGUCCCGGCUGUACCCUACAAGAACCCCAACAACUACGUCAAAUACUCGGGCAGGCUCGCAGAGCACCUCGCAAAGACGAACCCCGGGGGGGCAAUCUGGGCGAAUCAGUUCGACAACAAGGCCAACAGACAAGCCCACUAUGAGACAACAGGCCCCGAGAUCUGGGCGCAAACUGAGGGAAAGGUUGACGGCUUUGUGUGCGCGAUUGGAACUGGCGGCACGUUGGCGGGGACUGGCAAAUACUUGAAGGAGAAGAACCCCAACAUCCGGAUCGGAAUGGCGGAUCCGAUGGGGGCGUCCAUGUUCAACUACUACGCCAAUGGAGAGCUCAAGUCCGAGGGGACGUCGUUGACGGAGGGCAUCGGGCAGGGCCGAGUGACGGGCAACCUGGAGGGCUGGGGACAGCCGACGCGGGAAGGCGGCGUCGUCGACUUCUGGUGCCAGGUUCCGGACGAGGAGGCGUUGCCGCUCAUCUACGACUUGCUCAAGGAGGAGGGCCUUGUCAUGGGCGGCUCCACGGGCAUCAACAUCGGGGGCGCCAUCAAGCUGGCCAAGGAGCUAGGCCCCGGGCACACGAUUGUGACGAUCCUGUGCGACUAUGGGACGCGGUACCAGGGCAAGAUCUACAACGUCGACUUCCUCAAGUCGAAGAACCUGCCCUACCCAGAGUGGCUUGACACCUCUACGAAGACGUCACAAGUGCCCAGCGUGUUUGUAGACCCAGAGGCCGUUUGAGUUUUAGAGAGAUAGUCAGAGGCUUCGUAGCAUAAACGCCAGAACGAGUUGGAGAAGGUGCAUCCUUCUCUGGACAACUGUGUAGUUAGAUUCAAGAGUUUUCCGUCUGAGGGGUUAGGCGACGGGGUCAGGUGCCAGAAAAGACGCUUUGGCCGUAGCUGCGCACUCGGCUCAGUGCAUGAGAGGCCUGUCAAGUCUUGUACAGCCAUGAAACUGCAUAUGCAGUCCGACAUGC